GCAGUGUCUUUAUUUAUGCACAACAAAAAGAAAGAUGGGGAGCCCCUCUCUGGGGGAUCUGUGUGUUCUCAAGCCCUGUCUGGAGCAGAUCUGCGUGAGGCCAGGUGUUGCCCAGCUCGUCCUCGUCCCCCUGCCCUGCCCCGAUGUCUCACUGAUGUCCACCCCCAUUCCAAGGCAUGUGGCAACCCGCGUCAUCUUGGCAUAGCACGAUGUUCUCAGCAGACGGGAUGGAGACUCUCAGCCAGGGCAUCUCCUUCACUGAAACCCCAAGUACCUCCUAAACCUCUCUGCUUCAAACCUGGGCAAGAAAGAGAUUUUCAGAUCCCCCCAGCCCCGCAGCGCCCUCUGCCGGCCAACCCAAGGACCCCGGAGACCCAGGCUCCUGCCCCUUCAUCUGUCAGCAUCCUCAUCGGGAGGUUUGAAAGCAUCAGGAAGCCGCCCCUCGGCCUCACAGGGAGCCUGGUCAGCUCAGCCUGGAGCAUGGAGCCGAGCGUGCACCUCUCAACUCUCUCCAGCCCUGUUGCCGCCCUGGGAGGGCUGGAUGCUGGGCCUGGCAGGGAACUGCAGCCCUUACAGCCACAGAACGUAGACCUGGGGAAGCCCCGAGAGCUCCCCGUUGGGGCUGGCACCCACCAUGAGGGCCACAAAGCCAGUGGUCUGGGCUUGCAGGUGUCCUCUGGGGAUGGUCCCCUGGACACAGGCCCCACGGGAGAGCCAGGCGGCUGUGGUAAGCUUCCGAACCGGGACAGCGGCAUCGACAGCCCAUCCUGCAGUGUCGCUGGCGAGAACUUCUCCUGUGAGGAGGGUGCCGAGUCUGGCAAGGGACCCAUCCCCCCGGGGCUGUCCCCCGAGACGGACUCAGACAGCAGCACCCCACGGGGCAUCCCCCAAGAGGAGGCUGACAGCGACGUGGACGAGGGCAGCGGAGAGGAGCCUGAGGUGGUGACCGUCCCCCAGAGGGCCAGUGUGGGAACGGAUGUGGCCAAGCAGUGCCCCGAGCCCCAGAAGCUGCUCAACAUCGCCCGUGAGCUCCUGCACACUGAGGAAGCCUACGUGAAGCGGCUGCACCUGCUGGACCAGGUUUUCUGCACCAAGCUCACUGAGGCAGGAAUCCCUCCAGAAGUUACCACGGGCAUUUUCUCCAACAUCUCCUCCAUCUACUGCUUCCAUGGGCAGUUCCUGCUGCCGGAGCUGCAGACACGGAUCACACGGGAGUGGGAUGCCAACCCCCGGCUCGGGGACAUCCUGCAGAAGCUGGCCCCGUUCCUCAAGAUGUAUGGUGAGUACGUCAAGAACUUCGACCGAGCCAUGGAGCUGGUGAGCCUGUGGACCCAGAGGUCUUUGCCGUUCAAGGACGUCAUCCAUAACAUCCAGAAGCAGGAGCUCUGUGGAAACUUGACGCUGCAGCAUCACAUGCUAGAGCCUGUGCAGAGGGUCCCUCGCUACGAGCUGCUUCUCAAAGACUAUCUGAAGAGGCUCCCCAGGGACGCACCAGACCGCAAGGAUGCCGAGAAGUCCUUGGAACUCAUCUCCAUAGCUGCCAACCACUCCAACGCAGCCAUUCGCAAAAUGGAGAAGAUGCACAAGCUCCUGGAGGUGUAUGAGCAGCUGGGUGGGGAGGAGGACAUCGUGAACCCAGCUGACGAGCUGGUCAAGGAGGGGCACAUCCAGAAGCUGUCUGCCAAGAAUGGCACUGCUCAGGACCGUCACCUCUUCCUGUUCAGCAGCAUGAUCCUUUACUGUGUGCCAAAACUGAGGCUCAUGGGCCAGAAGUUCAGUGUCCGGGAGAAGAUGGAUAUCUCGGAUCUGCAGGUGCAGGAUAUCGUCAAGCCUAACGCAGCACCAACGUUUAUAAUAACAGGGAAGAAACGGUCCUUGGAGCUGCAGACUCGGACAGAAGAAGAGAAGAAAGAAUGGAUUCAGGUCAUCAGGGCCACCAUCGAGAAGCACAGGCAGAACAGUGAGACUUUCAAAGCCUUCAGCAGCACACCCGGCCAAGACGAGGACCCCACCCUCACACCAGACUCCCCCGUCGUGGGCACCAGCUCCGUGGAGCCCGCCUGUGUGGCCGACGGUGGUGGGGUUGCUGGAGGGGUCGAUUCCAGAAAGCCAUCCUCCAAAAGCCGACGUGACAAGGAGAAGCACAGCUGUAAAAGCUGCGGAGAGACCUUCAACUCCAUAACCAAAAGGAGGCACCACUGCAAGCGGUGUGGGGCGGUCAUCUGUGGGAAGUGCUCCGAGUUCAAGGCCGAGAAUAGCAGGCAGAGCCGUGUGUGCAAAGAGUGUUUCCUGACGCAAUCGGCAGGACCCCAGAGCCCCAGCUCCGAGAAGCUGCCUGCUUCAGAUCCCCAGCAGAGCCUGCUCUGCAGCUACCUGCAGCUGUGGGAUGGUGGCACGGCCUGGGACGCGGUGUGGGCCUCCAUCCCCAAGAUGGAUCCACUGGUGCUGCACCUGCAGGGAGUUGGCCAGGACGGACCACUGCCCCGCGCCAUCCCCCUGCCCGGCUGCACGGUGACUGUGCCAGAGUCUGCGGAGAGGCCCGACGCCAGGCAUGCUGUGCGGCUGCAGCGGGCCCCGGCCCAGCCCCUGUUCCUGAGCGCAGAGACCCCUGAGCUGCAGAGGCAGUGGCUGGGGGCCCUGGACACCGCUGCCCGUGGGGACACAGCCCGGCCCAGCCCCGGGUCUCUGCAGCCCCCAGCCCACCCGAAGGGCAUGGCCACUCCAUGAGCCCAGCCUUGGCCAGCAGCCAGGAUGAGACACAGGGAUCCCCCUCCAGGGCCGCCAUCCCCACGGGGUUGGGCACCGGGGAGCCAGCUGCGUGUCCUCUGCCUGCAGCCACUGUGCCGACCUCAGGGAACACUGCCAAGGAGUUCGGCCCUGCUCCACCCCAGGCCGUCUGCCCAGGGCCUGGUGCACUCAGCACUGGGGGCUCCCCCUGUUUCAGAGAUGAGGAGAUGGAGGCCCAGAGAGGGGUGUUGCUGGCCCCAGGUGGCCCAGCAGGGCACAGGAUGGAAGCUGGGGGCCAAACUGAAAAUCAGGCUCAGAGGGAUGGCAAUGGCGGAGUUUGCUUCUGCAAGGCACUGAGGAGACCAUGGCGGGCUGUGCUCAGGUGUCAGGUCCUUCCCAAGGUGCCCAUGUCUGGGAAUGCCGGACCCUGAUCUGUGAGGGCCAUGCCCCCCCACUGGCAGACCACGUGACCCCUGCCCAUCCCCUCAUGGGCAGGCCGCGGGACCCCUGCCUGUCCCAUCCACACUGUGUGGAGCUGAACUGAAGCCGAUGCCUCUGGAUUCCAGAUCAUUCUCUCUGCCUGUUCUGGGGGGAACACGUGAGGGGACAGCCCUCCUCCCCCGGCAGCUGCUGGCCCAGGGCUGGACAUGCACCCAGCACCCACAGGGAAGUGUGAGGGGCAGGGGCUGGGGGCUGGCCCGCCAUCCUGGCUCUGACGCUCUGCUGGAAGCCCACCCCAGUGGCCACAUGGUGGGGGGCGUGAGGACCUGCGACCGUUCUCCACACCUUUCCACGGACUGGCUCACUGUGCUCGUCUGCAUCAAUAAAUGCCGACCCCUGUA